UUGUCGUCGCCAUCAUUGCUAUUUCAAAUCAAUAUUGCCUAAGUGUCUGUCCGUCAACCUUUCUCUUUAUCGAACUAUACCUCUCAUUCUGUGAUUCUUCCACCUUGCCCUGAGCAUUGAUUACUAGAGUCAUUUGAUUCCCAAUCCCACUGCUCCAUUUGGUCUUGCCACCUUCCAUCAAUUCGAUCUGCCAUGGAGAAGAUCCUGGGCAAGAAAAAGUCGUCCUCAAGGACUUCUUCUUCCUCCACUGCCUCUUCCGUUUCAUCCGCCGCCCCUAUAUCCACAUCAUCUUCCUCUCAAAGCUCCUCGAUUGUUGCUGCUGCCGUCAACGUUAAUUCAUCUAACGCCGCCCAAGUACCGUCUGGAGGUGGUCUUUCCUUACCGCAUCACACCCCAGUUCCCUUUGUCCCUAGGACUACAUAUCAACCAAGGGUUAGCACCGAUCAGACCUAUCAGCAGUACACUCCACGUACCACUUAUACCGGUAGUGGCCCCAGUGGAUCAGUUCAAUCUGCUCAAUAUACCCAUUCAAACCAAAGCAAUACCAAUAGUGGCACUCAAUCUAUUGGUAACAUCAACGUUGAUGCUGGUAGUUGUGAUAAUAGUCUCAGUAACACUACUAAUAAUAACGGCAUCAAGGAAUUUUCAAGAGGGCAUUCCUUAGAUUAUUCCACUCGUCCACUUACCUACACCUCAUCAUCUUCUUCCUAUUCUUCUCGCUCGUCCUACUCGCCAGCUCCUUUAUCUGCAUCUUAUAGUAACAUCAGCAACACUUUCAUCUCCAAGAGUAAUAGUAGCAAUAACAGUAAUAAUAGUAACGCUUCAUUACCCGGGCGCAGUCAGUCUUCCCACUAUCCGACAACCACUGCGAUCCCCACAUCAUCCGGAAAGCCAAGCUUGAUCUCUUCUUUUUCUUUCGGUCACCAAAGGGCCUCCUCCUCCAUGGAUCGCUCUAGCUCAUACAAUAACAAUAGCAACCACAGCCAUCCCAAUCAUGACACUCACUCCAUCCGCUCUCACAGAUCAUCCAACUCUGUCAGUGACACUGGUCGAGCAGAUACCAUCUCACUAGCGCGUCCGCAAACAGACCAAGAGAUUGAAGAUCGAUUCCUAGAUUUUAUGAAUAACUUGGGCAUGCACGAACUAGAACAGCGCAAAGUCAUGAUUGGUCUAAGCGUUGAGAAAAAGUGGAAACUUAUUUUCCAACAUGAAUCACAAGAACAGUCCAAGGCCAAGAAGAGAGAAGAAGGUUUUAUUGACAAGUCAUCGGCAGAGUACUUUGUGCGCAAACUACAGUCUGAUGUCGAUCUAAAGAAUACAGACUCCAAGUUUUUACUGGCACUCUUUGUGUCACUCAAAUCUCAGCCUAUUUCAUGGGUCCGGACGUUCAUUCAGAAUCGUGGCCAACAAGCACUCUGCAACGCUCUUUCUUCCCUCAACUGUCGCCCUGCAAGACGCGAUGCUGAUCUAGCUAUGGAACUGGAGAUUGUGAAAUGCUUGAAGGCGCUGCUGAAUAAUCGUUGGGGUGCGCAGGAAGCCAUAAAACAGUCCCUAUGCAUCACUUCACUGUGUUUUUCGAUCACAUCACCACAACUUCAGACCAGAAAGCUCGUAGUUGAGGUACUGACGUUUUUGUGUUAUUGUGAAGUUCCUAUGGGCCAUAAAUUGGUUCUUGAGGGUCUUGAUCAAGUAAUGGAGUACUGGAAGGAGAGCGCACGAUUUGAUGCAUGGAUGCGUAUUCUCGAAAACACGAUCGAUGGACGUGGUCGAUUUGGCACGAUGGUCGGCAUGAGUGAAGAUUUGAAGAAGGCAGGGACUCUGGACAGUCAUCUGAUUGAAUACGUGCUCUCAAAUGUCGUAUUUAUCAAUGCGCUCCUUCAAGUAGUAGAUGACAUCGAGCUACGAAUGAAUCUCAGAAGCCAGUUAACUACAAGUGGAUUAACCCGUAUCAUUUCUAAAAUGAGGACUUUAAAUCAUGACUUGAUUGACAGGCAACUUAAUAUCUUUGAAGACGAAGCUGAGAAUGAUCAUGAAGACAUGGUCGAGUUUUACAACCAUCGGAUUCUUCAUGAUAUGUCGGAUCCCUAUGAUGUCUUUCAGGCCUUACUUCGCUCUGUAGAAAGCAGUAGAGCGUACGACUUUUUCUUGUCUCUUCUUCAACACAUGCUUCUAAUUCGUGAGGAAGGAGAUCUGAGAAUCCGAUACUUCCAAUUGAUGGAUUCAGUUGUUACCAACAUUGUUCUCGAUCGACGAGGCAUCACUGAUAACUUUGAUAAAAAGCUUGGUAUCUCUGUGAAUCAGCUUGUAAGCAAACUAAUAGAUCAGGAUCGCUUGGCCCACGCACUCGAGGAUGCUAAGGUUGCGAGACAGGAAUUGGAAAUCGUCACACGCCGAAAGAAUGAACUUGAGUUAGAAGUUGGGCAGAAGGACGAUGGUAUGGUCUCACAGCUCAAAGCCAACAUUCAUUCGCUUGAAGAUCUUCUUCGACUCUCUCGGCAUACCAUUCAGACAUUGCAGGCCAAACUCAAUGAUGUUGAGCUUCAAACACAGAAGAAACUGGCAAUUCAGGAUGCACAGCUAAAACAUUUGUUGAAGUCUCUUCAGGACUCAAAUAAGUUGAUGGCAGAAGCAGGAAUGCCUAUAGGUGUGUCAUUUGGUACCAGUGGCGGAGGCAACAAUGGCAAGGGGGAUGGCGAAUUGCCCGUGAUCGACAAAGACAAACUCCGGCAGUUAAUUGAGCAGACUAAGCUUGAGGGCGCCAUCCUGCAGAAACGCUAUGGUAACCAUCUACCUGAAUCCAUGGCGCCACCUGACCCAGAGUUAUCAAAAGAUCUGGAGAAGAUGAACGCAUACCAAUACAUGGGUCAGGCGAAGUUACCACCAGAGCUGCUGACCAGUAUUAUUGCUUCUGGUAAAGACAAGAGGGCCUCUAAAGGCAAAGGCUCAUCAACGACUACAGAGGCUUUAGUUCCAGCAACUACUGGAGAAGUAGCAAUGUCUGGAAUAAUACCUACUGGACUUGGUGGGCCCCCACCUCCGCCUCCACCCCCACCUCCACCUCCACCAGCGUCUGCAGGUGGCCUAGGAGGUUUACUUAAUAGCAUGGCCUUUAAAGGAAACAAAGCUCCAGAUGGUGGCGAUGGUAAUGAAAAUGACUCGGAUGACGACGAACCACCAGUGGGAAGCUUGGCAGCAAUGUUAGCAGCCAAGAAGAAGAAGCUUGGAUCCUCCAACCCAUCAGCACCUGUAUCGCCCAAACCAGCUGUGAAUGGUCAGCCGCCCAAGGCAGGAGGACCCCCUCCCCCUCCCCCUCCUCCUCCCCCACCACCACCAUCUGGCAAAGCGGGCGGUCCCCCUCCCCCUCCCCCGCCUCCAGGCAUGAAAGGCCCACCUCCACCACCCGGCAGUGGACCGCCUCCGCUUGGAGGGAUGGUCAGCAUGAACAAGAAGAAGGAGGGCGCCACGGCAGCCAUCAAAUUGAAGGCUCUCCAGUGGGACAAGAUCAAUUACAUGAACGUGGACAAUACUGUCUGGGGUUCGGGCGGAGUGGAUGAGAAUGCACUACAAAAGGCACUAGGUGAGAGUGGAGUCUUUGGAACAAUGGAACAACUCUUCGUAGCUAAGGUGGCUGAAUAUAAAGAGCCACGCGCAUCGAAAAAGGCUCAAGAGAUCUGUAUUUUGGACCAACGUCGUGCUUACCAAGUCAAUAUCAUGCUGGGGGGAAUGAAGCAUACUUACUCAGAAAUUCGACGUGCAAUUUUGCGCAUGGAUGAAGAAUUUAUGACUCUUGUUCAAUUGAGCAACUUGCUAAAGUUUGUCCCUGAUGCUGUGGAGACUGGCAAAUUGUUGGAAUACAAGGAUGCAGCUGAAGAGGUCAAAAUGACACUUGGUAGGCCCGAGGCAUUCUUUGUGGAGAUGCUCAAGGUUGAGCGAUAUCAGCAACGAUUGGAAGCCCUCAAGUUCAAGGUCACAUUUUCGUCGCUUAUUGACGGUGUGAAUGAGUCUAUCGCUGCAAUUACCAUGGCAUCUGAGAGUCUGAGGAAUGCCAAGCAUUUCAAAGAGCUUCUUAAUUUGAUCCUUAUGCUUGGAAACUAUAUGAACGGCAAUAAUCAUAAUGGAGGAGCCUUUGGCUUCAAAAUUGCAAGCAUUAAUAAGCUGGUUGACACCAAGGCAUCAAACGCGCCCAACAUGACUUUGCUUCAUUUUUUGACCAAUAUCACCGAAAACACGUUGCCUGAAAUUUUGAGCUAUCGCGAGGAAAUUGCUCCUUGUGGAGCUGCGUGCAACGUCUCCCUGCCGGAUCUGCAAGUGGAUUUCAACUACCUCAAGACCAAGAUCAAGGAAAUCAAGGCAGAGUUGAAUACACACUACUUGAAUGGCUACAAGAGUACACCUGAAGAUCGAUUCUUUGAAGUGAUGCAUCCGUUCAUGGAGUCGGCCGAGAAGGCCUUCCAGAAGGCAGAGACUUCAAUGUUGGAUAUGGAGGCUGCCUAUAAGCAAUGCGUCAAGUUCUAUGGCGAGGACUCUACUAAUAUGAAACCUGAUGAGUUCUUUGGAAUCUUCAAGACAUUUUCUACGUCGUUCGAGAAGGCCAGAGAGGAUAAUCAAAAGCAGCAAGAGAAGCAAGCCCAAAGAGAAAAGGCCAAGACAGCAGCCAAAGCCAGACAAGAACAAAUGGCGGUCAAGAAGAAUAGAAUUAAAGUCCAAGGCGAAGGCUCUAAUGAUCCUGAAGGUGGUAAUGAUGAUAAGGGUAUGAUGGACAGCCUGCUAGAAACUCUUCGAAAUGGAGGCGACAAUGAAGCGUCAAGGCGCGAUAGACGGCGCAAGAAUCGCGUGGAUCAGAAUACACCAUCCGUGUCGGCUACAAAAGCCCAGGAACUUUUGACAUCCCUUCGAGAAGAUUCCCCUAUCCCAUUAUUACACGAAUGAUACCACAUCUCAGUCACCUUUUUUAAC